AAGAACCUCAAAAUUUCUCACCACAUUCAUUUCCAUUUUCCACAGAGAACAAAAACAGAGAGCUUUGAAUUUGCAUCCAUGGAGUCCGAAGCUUCAACAUUCGAGAGUUGUCAUGUUAUGGCUGCUCUUUUGGGUUCAACUCCUCUGCUUCUGCAGUCCUGGGAAUUCUGCGCCGCCGCCAACGCCGCCUCCCCAGAAAGUUUCACAACUGUGGUAAUUGAUGAUGUGGCUUAUGUUGGCUUCUCCGGCGUCCAAGUUCUUCCUAGAUGCGGCGGGGGGGGAAGAGAGUUGGUGGCGUUGGACGGAGAGGGAGUUGAGGCAGAGUUGUUUUGGCCGUUGAACCGCCACCGUGAGGAGCUCCAGGAACCGGCCAUGGCGGAUUCCGGCAUCCUCAAGAUGUUUGUUGAUAUUUAUACUCAUAAGAAUCUUGUUGAAACGAUAACAAAGGUAAUGGAAAGAAGCAAGUCAAUAGUAAUUACAGGUCAUUCACUUGGAGGAGCAGCAGCCACUCUAUGUACACUUUGGCUGCUUUCUUUCCUCCAUACCAAAACCCAUCACCACCCAAUUCUAUGCAUCACCUUUGGCUCCCCAUUGAUAGGCAAUGAGUCACUUUCCAGAGCCAUUCAAAGAGAACGAUGGUGUGGCAAGUUCUGCCAUGUCGUGUCAAACCACGACAUUAUGCCAAGGCUUCUCUCUACUCCACUUUCCUCUCUCUCCCCUAAGCUUCACAUCCUCCUUAGAUAUUGGCAUUUGUCAAUGGCCUCUCCAACGUUUGGGAAGCUUGCUACCCAAUUGACAGAAAGAGAGAAAGAAGAGCUCUUCCACAUCGUGUUGGCUCACUCCAAUAGGAUAUCCGACCUAGGAGAGGGGACGGUACAAAGUCAGUUUUGGCCAUUUGGAAACUUCUUCUUUUGCUCGGAACACGGUGCAAUUUGUUUGGAUAAUGCCAUAUCAGUUCUGAAGAUGCUCUAUCUGAUGCUCAAAACAAGUGCUCCAAACUUGAGCAUUGAGGAUCAUCUCAACUAUGGAUAUCAUGUGAAAAAAGUUGGAGUUCAAUACAUGGAGAGGAAGAACUUCAACUCAUCGUGUCCUCCUAAUUCAAGCUAUGAAGCUGGGCUUGCUCUAGCAUUGCAGUCAGCAGGAAUACCUUUCCAAGAUGAAGUUGCUCAAAUAGCCGAACAUUGCUUGAGAACAGCAAGCAGAAUAGGACAAACACCAAACAUGAAUGCCGCAAAACUAGCUAUAAGCUUAUCGAAGAUUACACCUUACAGAGCUGAGAUAGAAUGGUACAAAGCCUCUUGUGAGGAAGCAGAUAACCAAUUGGGUUACUACGAUUGCUUCAAGAAAGAAGAUGCUUCGGUAAGACAUGACCGAGUAAAUAUGAACAGGCACAAGCUCGCAACAUUCUGGAACAGAGUGAUCAACAUGUGGGAGAACAAUGAGCUUCCUCCAGAUUUUAACACGAGGGCAAAGUGGGUCAAUGCUUCACAAUUCUACAAACUCCUGGUAGAGCCAUUGGACAUUGCGGAAUAUUACCAUCGUGAUAUGCACAUUGUCCAUGGUCAUUAUUUGAAAUGCGGAAGAGAGAGAAGAUAUGAGAUUUUUGACAAAUGGUGGAGAGGAAGAGAAGUCACAGAGGAAGGGAAUACUCAGAGGAUGAAAUAUGCAAGCUUGACCCAAGAUUCAUGCUUUUGGGCAAGGUUGGAGGAAGCCAAAGACCUACUGGAAAUCAUUAAAAGAGAUGGAGAUGUCAGAAAGUUGGCUCCAAUAUGGAAAAGUCUUGAAAACUUUGAAAGAUAUGCCAGAGGAUUGAUUGAAAGAAAGGAGGUUUCUAAAGAUGUCAUAGCAAAGAAUUCAAGCUACACUUUGUGGGCUCAAGAACUGAGGGCAUUGAAGCUAAAUAUGUAAUAAGAGUUUCAAAGUAGUUAGAAACUUGGACUCUCUUAGAAUUGCUGUAACCUAAUCAGACUACUGGUUAAAAUGUCCACUGGAUACCCAAUUAUCCACUAAUUGAGAGUAGUAAUAUUUUCUGUUA